UGAGAACAGUUAGGUCAGUAGCACAAAAAGUAACCCUAGCUUCCGUGACUUUGAUGUAAUUACCAAGCGAAAUUCGAGAAAAAAUGUCACUUAAAUUAAUUGACAAUUGCUUACACAGUCAAAAAUGUAGACUAUGAUCAUUACAAUAACUGCUAAAAGUCCAUGUUUGGGCUCUGAAAUUUGCUAGCCACCCCCACCUUGAGUCCAGCGUUAAAGAAAGUCAAGUGGCUAACUCUUGAGCUAACGCAAGGCUAGGCAUACAUUACACUUGGCUAACUGGACUCGUUGAAAGUGUUUUGCUUGUCAUGCUAAGUACUUCACAUUAACAUAAUUAUUGUGAACUACCGACACUGUUAAACUGAAUGUGUACACUUGACACGCCAAGCUGUAUCGUUACUUUGGCAGCCAACAGCAUCGGAGGUAAAGAAAAUGUUAGCUAGCUAGCUAAUAAGACGGGCGGCAUUAGCUUUAGCAUAACAUAGCUGAGCUUGGGAGUCAGCUGACAGGCUGCUGUAAGCUGCCAGCAGACCAGUGAUGGAUCAACUGAAAGUAAAGGAUCGCAUAUUGGAAAACAUAUCCCUGUCUGUCAAGAAGUUGCAGAGUUACUUUGCGGCCUGUGAAGAUGAAACCCCAGCCAUCCGGAAUCAUGACCGGGUCCUUCAGCGCCUUUGCGAACACCUGGACCAUGCUCUGCUGUACGGCCUGCAGGACAUCUCCUCUGGUUACUGGGUCCUGGUCCUUAACUUCACCAGGAAAGAGGCUGUCCGUCAGAUAGAUGAGCUCCAGCACAUAGCAACCAACCUCGGCCGAAGCCGUGCAUGGUUAUACCUUGCAUUGAGUGAGAGCUCUUUGGAGAGCUAUCUACGCCUCUUCCAGGAGAACCAAGCAUUACUGCAGAAGUAUUAUUUCAAGAAUGCAUUAGUGUGCAGCCAUGACCACCUCACGCUCUUCCUCACGCUGGUGUCCGGCCUGGAGUUCAUCCGCUUUGAUCUGGAGCUGGACGUGCCCUAUCUGGACGUGGCCCCCUACAUGCCAGAUUACUACAAACCCCAGAACCUGCUGGACUUUGAGGAGCGGCUGCCCAGCUCCGACAGCCUCUCCCUGCACUCCUUCACCUCCCUCACCUCCACCAACCUGGAGUGGGAUGACAGCGCCAUAGCCCCCUCCAGUGAAGAUUAUGAUUUCGGUGACAUCUUCCCCGUGCUGCAGUCAUUGCCAAGUGCAGACUGGGAAGAGGGCGACCUGACGGACCAGGCCAGCUGCCCGCGCUCCAGCGGCUCCGACCCGCAGACGGUCAUCAGCGACACCAUGGUCCUCUCUUCCGGCACUGUGAAGAUGAAGGUAACCUCUCAUCUAGCUCCUCACAGCCCCACCUUCAGACACAACCCCUUCAACGAGGACUCGGACACCAACACCAACACCUCAGCUGACGUCACGCCAGUGCACGUGGCCAGCAGACACAACUCCUUCACAGCUGGAGAUGACACAGAGGGCACCGGCAACGAGCUGGAGGUUAUCAGGAUGGCCAGGCGGAGGAAACCAGCCAAGAAGCGUCGAGGGAGGGGCUCCACAGAUUCUCUCAGCAGCAUCCACAACUCUGUCUCCUCGGAGCAAAGCGAAAUGGAGGUCCACCUCCUUUCCUCAGAGGACGUGGAGUCGCUAAACGGGACCUUGAUUCAGAUGGAUGCUGAACAGGAAAUGAGGAGAAGUAGGGUGGGAUCAGAGGUCGUGGAGGAAAGAGAUGAGGAAGGAGUCGAGGAAGGAACAGAAGGCCUCCUACGGCUCCCGGAGAUGACGGACACCUCCAUGGACACCGUGGGCCAGCCCCUGCGUGAUGUCAUGGACCGGAUAAACGGCACUCUGGAUAGGGAGGAUGUGUGGACGCAUCGAGAGGAGAAAGAACAGGAGAAAACUAUUAAAGACAGUGAGAGGGGCCCCGAACCUCCUUCCCAGCAGCCCUUUCGAGGGGCGUCAAAGGAUGAGCCCCCCGACCCGGCACGAGGAGAGACGCCUUUCUCCCCUCAGCCCACAAGCACCCACUUCCUGCCGGCCUCUCCUGCGCCCGCAGACUUAUGCUGCUUUACCGCUGACAGUCCAGACUCUACUCCCACAGGUGGUGGCCACGAUGACCCUGCAGAGCAUCAUCAGCCGCAGAAUCUUCCAGGUGGCCCUGAAGAUGAAGCAGAGGCAGAAACAGCAGAAGGACAGGAGCCAGAGUUAAACAACAAGAAUACAUUCAAUGAGGAGGCAGAGAGUUCUCAUCCUGCUGAGUUUAAGGUGGACAACAAUCACCUGCUUCUUCUCAUGAUUCACGUAUUCAGGGAGAAUGAGGAGCAGCUUUUCAAGAUGUUGAGAAUGAGCACAGGCCACAUGGAGGGUGACCUACAGCCACUGUACCUGCUGCUGACUGACUGUUACAUCUACCUGCUGAGGAAGGGUGCAGCAGAGAAGCCUUACACUGUAGAAGAUGCCAUUUCUUACAAUGAGCUGGACUAUCUGUCAGUGGGCCUCGACCAACAGACAGUGAUGGUGGCUUGCAACAACAGACGAAGGAAGUUCCUGUUGGACACAGCCGAUGUUUCUCUGACUCUGUGGUUCUUGUCCGUUCUGAAGUCAGCCAUGGUGAAGGGAUGUCGUGAGCCUCCUUACCCCUCUGUGCUGACCGACGCUACCAUGGAGAAACUGGCUCUCACAAAGUUUGUCUCCCAGGAAUCUCACUGUGAGGCAUAUGAAGUGUCUAUCCAACUGUAUUCACUGGUCCACUGGGAGGAUCCUAUGGACAUGACUCUGUCCCCCCAGGGUGGCCCACCAUCUGCUGGACAACCUUCCAGUACCAAAGAUGGUUCCCUGCAGUACCGCUGCGGAUCCACCUACCUGGGCAAGGAGCUGUGGAAAAGCUGCUACCUUGUCCUCAGCAGAGGGAUUCUGUACCUGUAUGCAGAAAGAACUGAUGUGACGCCUGUGCUGUCCGUCAGUAUGGGAGGAGAGCACUGUGGAGGCUGCCGGCGCUCCAACAGCACGGAGCGGCCCCACGCAUUCCAGGUCAUCCUGACGGAGCGGCCCCCGCUGGAGCUCAGCGCCAACAACGAGCAGGACAUGGCCGAGUGGAUGCUGCUGCUCUGCCAAUCCGUCUCCAAAGGGGUCAUCCCUCAGGGUGUGGCCCCCACUCCCUGUAUCCCAUGUUGCUUGGUGAUGACAGACAGGAAGCUGCUCACCUGCCAUCAGGACUGUCAGACCAGUUUCUUCCGCUCGCUGGGCAGUGCUGACAUCUGUGACAUCACUGCUGUCAGCGUGGAGACCGAUAAGGAGUACUGCGUCGUUGAGUUUGCCUCAGACCGGACCCAGUUCCUUCCUCCCUGGGUGUUGUACUUCAGCGGCUGUGAGGAAAGAGAUCGCCUGCUGGAGGUGUUGAGCAACACAUGGAAGGCCAUUUUCCAGGUUGACCUCCCCCACAGAGAGGUGCUGGACCUCUCUGUGCAGAAGCGCUGCAGCGAGGCCCUCGCCCUGAUGCACAGCGCCUGGCAAAGGGCUGACAGUCUGGCCCGAGGCAGAGCGCAACGGGAACCCUGGUGCUGACAGACACACCUGUGGGUCGCCACUGAGACAUACUGAUAAACGGUUUGCUAUAGUUGCAGAAUACAUAGAUUAAACUCUGGCAUACAGCCACUGUAACCCUGAGCUCUAAGCUCAAAAGAUCAGACACAGUUAUUGGUCGUUGCACUGCAGCGUGAGCUUGUGAUGCACCUCUGAAUUGCAGAUCUCUAUCAGAGAACUGCCUGCAGGAGUAGCAAAGCAUACAGCAGAUCACACCACAGGGAUGCAACAGCAAGACAUUCUUAAUUUAAAUUAAAUGAACGAAGACCGACGGAAGGAUACAAAUGAUUUGAUUUGAUUUGAUGCUUGUGACGCAUAUUCCUUUAUUAGAGGAUAUUAAGAAAUAGAAGCAGAAUACCUAAUGAAGGAAAAUAUUAUGAUGUAAUAUUUUUUCCAUUUGGAAAAAGCUCUGUAGGAAUCGGUGAUGGGUAAUUACAGAAGGAACAUACAGAUAAAAGUUAAGUCUUAGACUUUAUAAGGGUAAAAGAAACAUUUGAGGAAGCUGAGUUGGAAGAAAGACAAGGGUCCAUUACCAGCAGCUUCACUGCACAGUGAAAUGUUUUCUUUACAAAUUUAAAUUCUGAGAUGCAUGUCGAGAAAGCCAUAUGUUAAGGGGGCAUUUGACUUGCGACGUGGAAAAGUCCUGCCUCCUUGCCUUGCAGACACACAAAAAUUCCGCUUUCGGACACAAAUGUUUGCUUAGUGAGGGCCUGUGUCCACAAAGCUUAUUUUUUAAAUUGAUUCAAUUGAUUCCAAUCAGAACCGAGCGCAUGCUGUCGGAGGCAUCUUUUUUCUGAGCGCUCCUCUGUCAAACGGGAACUUUCAAAACAAAGACCUAAAAGCCCAUUGGUUGGAGCAGAUCGGCCGGGUAAAUAAGCGCAGGGAUUGUUACUGUUGAGACGCUGGGAAGGGACGCUGCCCAGUGCCCUGCCAGCCAUUUUCUGCGAAAAAAAGGCACUAUGUGGACCCUUACAAGAUGUGCUAGUAAAGUGCAAAAUAGAGCAUUUAAACAGUGCUAUAGAGUAUCAUCACAUAAGCUGAUAUCUCAAUAUGAAGAAUACCUUUAUAUUCAGCUGUUUCACUUUGCAUGACAUGCUCCUGUCGUCUGUCUGAGAUCUUGCUGAAGCAAUGAAAAGAUUUUUUUUUAAAUCAGGAAAUGCAACAGACUUGCCUUUUAUCUCCGCUUUGUAGAGACGAGCGGAGGCUUCCAUGCAGACUUGCACAUUGUGUUCGCUGUUGUUUUGGUACCCGUUGUGGUUAUGUGUGAGUACCAUAACAUGCUUUCAUUUCCAUUUUAGAGAAAGUGGGAACAAUUGUUACUAAAUUAUUGAAUUCAUAGUGGACAUUUUAUUGUUCAGGAUAUUGUCGUAUACCUCUCAUUAAGUGUAUCGAGUAAGAAUACCCGUCAGUGUGAAGAAUAUGUUACAGAGUUUUUUGUUUUAAAUGAGUGGCAUCAUACUGUACUGUGCAGUACGACCUGACCACUCCACUAAAUUAACCAUGCCUUUCUGCACUCAUUAAGACACUAUAAGGUUUAUUACAUUUUGAAAUAGCCUUUUAACCAAGAGCAGAGUAUCAUCUUCUCUUAGCAGAUCAAUGCUCUCAAGUAGUCUGUAAAAUCAAAUAAUAUUAAAGCAUUACUUGGAGAAAUCUUAAGAGUAAGAAAACCCUAAACCGGCUGUGAUUAGGGCUGGGCAAUACAUCGUUAUAAUAUCGAUAUUGUGAUAUGAGACAAGAUAUCAUCUCACAUUCCUGAGCGUAAUAUCGCGCAACUCUCUUUUCUUGGUUUUAAAGGCUGGAUUUUGUUUUAGCUGCAGUACUAUUUGCCUUAAUAUCCACAAAACUAAGCAUUAUUUUAAAACAUGUCCUCUUGUAAAUAUUUUGUGAAAGCACAGACAACCCUAUAAUAUCUUCCCAAUAUCUAUAUUGAGGCAUUUGAUCAGAAAUAUGGUGAUAUUUGAUUUUCUCCAGAUCGCCCAGCCCUACCGAUGUUAGCAGCUAUUUAUUUUCCAGAAUGUGUCAUAAUGACAAUUGUCCAAUAAGGGGGUUUGCCUAAAAUGAUAUUGGGUUACGCAUCUGCCUUCUACAAUACCACUGAUAUAGUGCCGCUGCUCUGUGUAACUGUGUUUCAGCUCUCAGUACGAGUCUAAAAUCAGUGUUAGAUUUCUUUUUCUGCUUCCUUUUUGGACAACCCUUCACUAAACUGUACAAAAUGGCCAAUUUGGUUAAAACUAAAUGAAGCAUUAUUUAUCCUUAAUAUUAUCUGUUGCCUUAGACUGUCCGAUUUGACAGACUGUGUUGGAACACUACAAUCAUUUGACAAGUCAAAGUAUGUGCUGUAUGUCGGGCUCAGUAUCCAAUGUUUUUAAGUACAGACAUCAUGUUGUCUGUAUUGAAUGUUGUUACUCAUUGUCAUUUAGUUAAACAUUUCCUGAUUUUUGCUGUUGAAAUCCGGCAGGUUAGUGUUGAAAAAUGUGAUUCUAUUCAGCAAAAUACGGUACAAAAUAAUUUCCAUUUUGGUAUUUUUUCCCUGAGGUUUUGAACAGGCCCCGAUAAAACCCUCACCUGAUACGCAGCCAUAUGUCAUAAAUGUAUGUUUGUGCACAAUGUCUUUCUUCAUGUCCACAUAAUCAGCGCUUUAAGCCUCUCUAAGUGCUAUCAUUCAACUGUGGCGCUUUUACAAAGAAAUCUAAUCUCAGGUGAAAAAGGUACGUCACAUCCGAAACCUUAGCAAUCACCGUUUGUUUCUAUUGUUGCUGCUGUUUUGUCAAAUUAUUUUUUUUUUUCUAGUUUGUUUCGAUGCAGCGUUGUGAAGUUGUUUUGCGCACACAAACAGACAAGGCUGCAAAGGAAUAUUAAAUGAUGGAUAAGGUGGUAUGUAAAAGUCCUUUCAAUAAUUCAGUGAGAUCUAAAAAAGGAUCUAGGAGUAGCUCACCAAGUGGAUUAUUUAAGGAACUUUUGACCAGGGAGAGACAGACUUACUUGAAAUGAUUGUUGGAUUAUCAAUAAAGAAAUAAAGUUGUGGCCUAUGAAGUGUAUAUAAAGAAAAAGGUUAAAGUUUGUCUUACUCGAACAGAGGUUUUGAAUGUGGGACAUUGCUGGCCAAUGAUGGAUGACAUCUUCUAAGUGAACAGCGCCUUUUACAUUUUGUUCAUAAAUGUAUACUGCAUGUAAUAUUUGUACAAUAUUUAGCAGUUUUAUUGAAUUGUAAAUAGAGCACUAAUCGAAUAUAACAUUCUGUACACUCGCACAUACAGACGUGCAUGUCCAGGAGGUUUUAUAAUGUUAAUGAAUGUACAAAUAAACCUUUGUGAUUUGAAAGCGUAACUGAAUAAAGUGAGAUGAAAAGAA